UUAUCGCAUCAUUAGCGAAAGAAACAACAUGGCGACUGUUGGUGGGCGGUGGAGAGGAGUGUGUAUGUUCGUAUAACCUUUGCACGGCCACUUUGCCCAUAUGAUACGCUAGACGCUAGAACAAAGCUAUCAUCGAUAGUCAGUGACAUUCUGAUACAGACAACAUGAGUCGCGUAGAUUUGAAAGUUGUAUUAUUGGGCAAUGCGACAGUGGGAAAAACAAGUCUUAUGGAGCGAUACAUACAUGACACGUUCAAUGACAGUCGACCUUAUCAAAACAUGGGAGGGAGGGCAUCAUAUGCGAAUUAAUACUGUUGAAAUUAUAUCGCAGACAAUAGGCACUGUGUUUGCAGCGAAGCGAAUACAGUUGGAUGAUGUGUCGCUUGUUAUGGGAAUAUGGGAUACUGCGGGUAGCGAGAAAUACGAUGCCAUGACCAGAACGUAUUAUCGAGGCGCAAGGGCUGCCAUAGUGUGCUACGACAUCACUAGAUCGAGCACGUUUCAACGGGCGAAACACUGGGUUAGAGAACUCAGAAGCGUCGAGGAAAAUUGCAAAGUGUACCUUUGCGCCACGAAAAAAGAUUUGUACGACUCGGGUCUUCCGUUGGACGAUCCGGAUUUACAAAAUACCGUAGAAAGAUACGCGAACGGUACACAGACCAAACUUUUUGUAACGUCUAGUAAAACGGGAGAAAACGUAGUCGAGUUGUUUAACGAAAUCGUAAAGGAUUUCGCGUCCAAUCCCGAAAACUUGCAACAAGUAAAAGAAAAUGAAAUAGUUCUAACGAGAAAAUCCGAAAGAAGGUAUUGUUGUGCAUAGAUUUAAAUAAAAUUAGUAUUAAUACUCGUUCUAUUCUCUUUUAAGCCUUUUUGUGAUCAAAGUAAUUUAUCUGAGAUUAUUCGAGCGACCUGCGUAAUGAGGAAUCUUUUUAAUGUACAAUUCAAGAACCAAUGUUUGUGAUACAAGUUUUGCUCAGUGACAUUUUAUAUUCUUAUAAUCUUAUUUUGUAUUUCCAACGCUACGUAAUAAUACAGAAUAAUCUAAAUUGGCAAAAUUUGAAUUGUAGAGAUCUUUUCGAUAAAUCGUAAACUUCUAUAAAGUUAGAAAAUGCAACAUGUAAGAUCAUAGAAAAUGCACAUGUAAGAUCUUGAGUGAAACACUGCACUUGAUAUGGAAUUGAGAGAUAUUCUUAAAGAUCGUUGUUGAUCGUUAUAUAUAUAUAUGUAUAUAAAUAUAUACAUAUAUAUAUAUAUAUGUAUAUAUAUAUAAGGUUAAAGCUGAUCUUUUGUGCAAAGUAAUUGAGAUUGUAAUCACAUUUGUAUUAUCGCAACUGUGACCAUAGAUAAGAUUCGUUGCUGGUGCGCCCUUGAAUAUUGUGUAUCGUGACACGAAGUUUCUUUUUCAAAAAAGAAAAAAACACAAAAGUUUCCUACGUUGAUUCUUAACGCAGUGUUUUCUGUAUGUAUUUAAUAAUACCAGGAACUUACGUUUCCCAAAAA